AUGCCCAAAUUCAUCGGCUCCAUGAAGCAGUUGAGGUACCUUGACUUGUCCCACUCUUUCUCUUUUGCAACUGUUCCUCGUGAAUGGGGAAAUCUCACCAAGUUGGAAUUCCUUGAUCUCCAUGGUGAUUAUCCAAUGGGUGUUGUUAAUGACAUUCGAUGGGUUUCGCAUCUUCGGGCAUUAAAGUACCUCGACAUGAGUGGCAUAAAUGUUAACAGAUCUGGAGACCUCAUGCAGUUGAUCAGCACACUCCCAUCUUUAUCACGUUUGAGCCUAUCAGAUUGUGGGCUUAACAACUUUCACUUGUCUUCUGAAAGCUUGACCAAUUCUACUGCUCUUCAUCUUCAGUACCUAGAUCUUUCAUGGAAUUUUUUCGAAGGUUUCAUCCCAAGCACUAUAUUUCAAAACAUGACUUCUCUCCAGCAUCUUGAUCUCCAUAGUUAUUAUCGCAUGGGUGUUGUUAAUGACAUUCGAUGGGUUUCGCAUCUUCGGGCAUUAAAGUACCUCGACAUGAGUGGCAUAACUGUUAACAGAUUUGGAGAUCUCAUGCAGUUGAUCAACACACUCCCAUCUUUAUCACGUUUGAGCCUAUCAGCUUGUGGGCUUAACAACUUUCACUUGUCUUCUGAAAGCUUGACCAAUUCUACUGCUCUUCAUCUUCAGUACCUAGAUCUUUCAAGGAAUUUUUUCGAAGGUUUCAUCCCAAGUACUAUAUUUCAAAACAUGACUUCUCUCCAGCAUCUCGAUCUUUCAUCAAACCUUUUCAACUCUUCAGAAUCAAGGUGGUUCGAUAACUUGAGAAAUCUAGUCGAUCUCAAUCUUGCACACAAUCUCUUGCAAAGCAUUGAAGGAGGGUUGUUCUCUUUCUUAAGGGAAAAUCCAUUCCUCGAGUCACUAUAUUUGGGCUAUAAUGGACUUCAUGAGGAGAUAUUUUCAGUGGAGGGAAAUUCUUCGGGGCUUAUCGGGAAAAACUUCAAGCGACUGGAGAUAAGUUAUAAUUUUCUUCAGGGGCCUUUGCCAGAUUGGUCGGUGCACUUGAAAAACCUGAAAAUGCUUGACCUAUCAUAUAAUCAAUUACAUGGAACCAUCCCGUCAUCACAUGGUUGGUUAUGCUUGAGAGCACUUUUUCUUUCUCAUAAUCAAUUAACAGGGAAUAUUCCGGAGGCAUUAGGAAGAUCGCAAGUCUUAACAAGUUUAGAUCUCAGUAACAAUCUUCUCGAGGGCACCAUUCCACACAGUCUCGGACAACUGCAAAAUCUUGGCUAUUUAGAUCUUUCAGCAAAUUCCUUGAGAGGAACAGUUUCCGAAAUCCAUUUCUCCAACCUCUCGAAGCUAAGGUAUUUAGAUAUUAGCUACAACCAUUUAGCUAUCGAGGUGGAUUCUGACUGGAUACCACCCUUCAAUCUCUUGAUCUCUCCCAGAUUGGCUAGGUCUCAUGUCGUUCUCUGA